AAUGAAGAUUCUUUAAUGGCAUCAGUAACCUGCACUCAAAACUCAAUGUCAGUGACAGUUGAGAGAUCCUCCAUCAAAAACCUCCAUGGUGACCAUUUGAGACUGAUAAAUCAGUCUUGUCAGGUUUACACCAACAAUACCCACUUGUUCACCACCACACUUCUAAAUGAUUGUGGCACUCAGAUUGAGGAGAACAACAAUGAACUCAUCUUCAAGAAUAAAAUCGUUACAUUCAAUGAUCCCAGGAAUAUUAUAACCAGAAAGGAUCAGCUAGAAAUUGAAAUCCUCUGCAAGUACCAGAAAAGGAGGAACGUUACAAUUGAGUUUGAUACUCACAGACCACCAGUCAUCAUCUCAGAAAGGGGCUUUGGCACAUUCAACUAUCAGUUUGAGUUUUAUGCUUCUCAAAAUUUCCAGAAUAUGAGGGUUCCAGAAUCUUACCCGCUUGAGUACAAUGUGGGCGAUAAGAUCUACAUGAAGAUCGAGCCCGUCACUCCAGUCCCAAACACUGAGAUCUUCCUCGAGUCAUGUGUGGCUACACCUUACGAUAAUCCCAGUUACCCAAUCUCCUAUCCCAUCAUCAAGAAUGGAUGCAGUGUGGAUGAAACGGUUGAGUUUUUCUCAACCCACAAACCAUAUGUCGAGUUUGAAAUGGAGGCCUUCAAAUUCAUUCAGCUCCAUGACCAGGUGUUCAUCAGCUGCUCAAUAAUCAUAUGCCAGGCGAACAAUCCCAACACCCGCUGCUCUCAGGGCUGCGUCAACGGCACAGUCGCUCCACCGGUCCACCACCAUCGCAAAAGAGAGGCUCCCAUCCAGACCGGCAGUCACUUCAUCUCCCAGGGGCCCCUGCGGCUAAAGAGGAGCGCAUCACAGGUCACCGUAAGCCCGGGUCUGAAUCUAAACCUCCUUGUUCUCGCUGUGUGUCUCGUGGCAGCAGUAGCCAUGGUGUGCGGAGUGAUCGUCUACAAAGCCAGAGAGCAAAGGAUCAGAUACAAGCUUGUGCCGUCAAACGACUUUUAA